AUGGCUGAGAAAACUCUUAUCAUGGAGAGCAACGAUGGCAAGAAGAUCGAAGUCCCUAUCGAUGUUGCCUCACGCUCUAUUCUCAUCAAGAACAUGAUCGAUGACCUGCCUGAAGGCGCAUUCGAGGAGGCUAUCCCCAUUUCCAAUGUCUCGGAGAACGUCCUGACCAAGGUCAUCGAAUGGUGCACUCACCACCGAAGCGACCCUCCCAGCUCCGGUGACGACGACGACACCCGCCGCAAGACCACCGACAUUGACGAGUGGGACCAGAAGUUCAUGCAGGUCGACCAGGAAAUGCUGUUUGAGAUCAUCUUGGCCGCCAACUACCUUGACAUCAAGCCUCUUCUUGACAUCGGCUGCAAGACCGUCGCGAACAUGAUCAAGGGCAAGUCCCCCGAGGAGAUUCGCAAGACCUUCAACAUCCAGAACGACUUCACCCCCGAGGAGGAGGACCAGAUCCGCCGUGAGAAUGAGUGGGCUGAGGACCGUUAA